ACCAGACAUAAGUUUGAGAGAAAAAUUGAAAAAUCUUAUUCUUUUAGAAAAUUAAAAUGACCAAACAUAUGUUUAAAAUAUGCAAUCAGACUAGAUAUCUCCGUAUAUUCUGUGCCUCACGAUUUUGAUCAAUUACAUUGGGUUAAGCACGUUAGUAGUUGUCAGUGACAUCCCAAAACCGCGUGACACAAUGUCACGUAAAAAGAUAUCCAUUCUACUUAUCUCUUCAGUCAACGCUGCUACCAUUGCGUGUCUGGUCGACUCUGUAGGUAAAGCAUGACAGAGCGGUUUCCUACCAGAUGGCAAUACGAUGCCCAAAAGAAUAUAUCUGUAGAUUUUCCCCACUCUAAACUGAACGGUGGUUACACUAGGCGCCGAUUGGCCGAGACUGUCCACAGCGGUUGCUCGUGCGCCGAGACGCGAUUUUAACUUGCAUUCCUUUCUGUGAACGGAGCCGAUUGACGGCUAGUCAACAAAACUUUAUAACUCCGUAAAGACUGCCGGAUCUCGUGCUCUUGCUCGCUCCUUUUGAAAGUUCGUGAAAGUGAAGCUGACUGUAUUCCAUAACUUCGGAUGAUCCUUAUAAAUUUCUGUGUCGCAUUUCCGUUAGUUAAUCGUUUUUACGAAAUUAUCCGAGUGAACAGGUAAUCUGGCAGGGUUGCCAGGUUGUACCAGGUGAGCGUGACCGUUUGUGCUGCGUUACCUGAAUGUGCCUGAAUGCCUUUGGGCCCAGAAGAGAAGAAGAGGACUCGUGGAGUUUAAAAAAAGAACCAGUGACCGAAUACUGUAUCUAGUAAAUGAGAAUGAAAGAAUAACUGAUGAAUGUAAGACAGAACCUCUUGGGUAUUAAUGCAUAAUAAUACUACAAACACUUGUUGUAUCGGUGAUAUCCUCAGGUUAAACACUGACAACAAACUCUUCGUGCACGACAAAGCAUCCGCGUGAGAAGCCCGGUGCGAUGUGAAGUUCUUUUUCUUUAAAACGAUUUUAUACGCUUCGUUGUACUUAUAUUGCACUUGUUGAGAUUCUCGCGCCUUGCAAGUUCUCUAUUUACUACCCUUUUUUUUAAAUCUAUUUUACUGUUGCGUUCUCCGGUCACAUUGGUGGUAGACGAUUAACAGUCUUCACGCUUUAUACAUAGAGUACGAGGAGUGUUGUGCAAAAGAUGUUACGCGUGGACUAUCCUGAAAGUACCUGAAAGUAUUCGCUCCGCAUUUGAACACGCGAUUCUUACGAGUCGAAGAAUAAAUUCGAGUCAGUGAGUAAGUGAGUUAGACAAUAGGAAAAGUGAGUGUGUGUAUCCAGUGCGAUUGAUUACCAGGACCGACCCUGUUAAAUAGUUACAGAUCGUCUGGCGCAUUGCCAAGCUGUUGUAAUUAGUCGCGUUCAUCUUCUUGCGCUACCAACCAGACUAGAUUCCAUUUAAUCUCUGAAGCAGUUCCUGGGAAGCUGGUGCUCCAGGGAGAAAUGCAGCAGUGCAACGAGUGAGAAGAAAUGGUGGUGAUCUUACCAAAACGCGACUGUCCAUCCCGUGUCUUGUCUUCGUCCGACAAAGAAGCAUAGUGAAAAAGUGAAGAAUAGGGAUUGUGUUAAUUGUCCAAAAAGGAAGGAAAAGAAUCAAAAUGAGGAGAACUCGCCGGUAUUGCCGUUUACGCGUUUGAUUCUUUGACAAUUCCUCGGUUCCAUUGGCUCCUUGUGUAUUUGGCAGGCCAAUAUUUGGCAGCUGUCAAGUAACAUGGAGAUACCCUGCCGACGCGUCCUGGCCAAUCUGCCAGUCCUCCUGACCAAGUGGAACGUCGCUUUUCUUGCCGCUCUUUAUUUCGUAUUCUGGUUCGCCGGAAGCGCCUGCGCAAUUGAACCACUUCAAGGGCCACGCUUCAGCACCCAGCCCUCGAGUAGCGGUAAUAUCCUCAGCGAAGGCCGAACGAAAUUCCUGCAAUGUCAGGCGAUAGGUUAUCCACAACCAAAAUACAGGUGGUUCAAAGACGGAGUCCCCCUCAGCGACGAGCUUACUUCAGAACAUUACUUUCGUAUUCAAAGUACGCGCAGACAGGAUGCGGGCGUGUAUUACUGCGUAGCUACGAACGACGUUGGUUCCAUCUUUAGCGAGAGAAUAAUGUUCUCCGUGGCGUACAUGGGCGUGUUCGAGGACCUUACCGAGAGGCCAGUCACUGUGGAGGCUGGUGAGGCUGCAAUCCUCGAACUUCCCGAGAUCGAGAGUCAUCCCGCACCUGAAGUCACAUGGUCCACGUCCAAUGGAACUCUUGAUUACAAUAUUAAAUAUGCUACCACUCAGCACACGCUUCUUAUACUUGACGUUUCUGAGAGCGAUCAAGGAUCUUAUAGGGCUAGAGCCAUCAAUACUCAACUUGGUAAGGAAGAGAACAGUCCGUUCUUCAAAUUACAAGUGACCGGUGAUCCCAACAGAGAGGUAGCACCUACCAUCAUUGUAAGGCCACAGGACACGGUGAUCGUCAAGGAUCAACAAGUCACUUAUUUGCAUUGUAUCGCCAAUGCCAGGUCUCUACACGAGCUUAGGACACUCUGGACCAAGGAUGGUAUGCCCAUUGAAACCUCCAGGAUAUCCUUCAGCUUCAAUGAUCCCUGGAACAGGACCCUGGUACUGAUCUCAGCGAAUUUAACUUACACCGGAGUGUACGCAUGUGAAGUGGACUUACGCAGCGGUGGUUAUCCCACGGUUAAUGCCAGCGCUAAUGUGGUUGUGCAUGAGAAGCCAUGGUUUAGGACUGAAUUGAAACGUGAAACUCUUAGCGAGUAUGGAUCCACAGUGACUCUGUCUUGCGACGUCUUCGGUGUUCCGUCGCCAAAGAUAAGCUGGUUUCGUAAUGCUGAACCUGUAGAUCAUCUACUGGGAACAAGGUAUCAGAUGGAGGAAGAUGGGUCUUUGGUAAUUAAAAAAUUAAGUAUGGACGACUCAGGCAUGUUCCAAUGUCUUGCCUCUAAUGAUGCUGGUGAAGCGUCGAGCUACACGUGGCUCAAAGCCAAAAAGGGAAUGGGAACCGGUAUCAGGAACAGAGUGGCCCGCUGGGCAGCUGGCUAUAAUGUAGUCAGGGUUCGCCAGUCUGAACGGCGCUUUAAGUUCUCUCAAUAUCCAGACACAUCAAUACCAGUAAUGGAGUAUGGACCAAAGAAUCUGACUGUCUUAGAUGGCCAGGAUGCUAAUAUAACUUGUAGAGCAAUAGCAGCACCGGUCCCAAACAUUACAUGGAUCUACAAUGAUACAAUUCCAGUUGAGGUAGCUGGCAGAGUCCAACUUGUAGAAAAUGGCGACUUACUGGUUGCAGCUGUAAAACCAAACGAUGCAGGAAAAUACACUUGCAUUAGAGCCAACGAAGCUGGUUCCGUUAAUGGAUCUGCUUACCUUAGUGUACUUGUACGUACUCAAAUCGUUCAACCUCCUUCAGACAUAUCAGUAUUAUUAGGACUUACUGCAGAAUUACAAUGUAGAGUAUCGAGUGACCCUACCGUACCUUUUGACAUCGCCUGGUUCCAUAAUGCACAAGUGAUCAAUACCAGAGCAAGUCCAAGAGUGAAGAUGCAUAACGACGGAGCUUUAGAAAUAGCAGCCGUCCGGGCGUCGGACGUGGGCGAGUACACCUGUUCCGUAGUUUCACCAGGUGGAAAUGAAACGCGCACUGCGCGACUGAGCGUGAUAGAACUUCCGUUUGCUCCGAUAAACGUGAUGGCCGUCAGGGUUGAAGGAAUAUCAGCGAGGACUAUAAACGUCAGUUGGGUACCUGGUUUUGACGGGAAUUCCCCAACGAUAAAAUUUAUUGUACAGAGACGAGAAGUCCCUGAGCUUGGUAAGUUUGGUUGGAUAUUUCAAAACUUCGUUGCUCCACGGAAUACUGAUCUAAGAAUCUUUCCAGGACCUAUACCGGAUCCUCUGUUAAACUGGGUUACCGAAUACAGUAACGUAUCGGCGCAAAGUCGAUGGGUGUUGUUGAACAAUUUGAAAGCCGCAGCUGCCUAUCAAUUUCGAGUUAGUGCUGAGAACAGCGUGGGCGAAGGUCCACAUUCGGAUCCUAGUAACGUGGUGAUCCUACCUCAGGAACCUCCAUCCGGACCGCCUCUUGGUUUUGUUGGGUCUGCAAGGUCAUCAUCGGAAAUAAUAACCCAAUGGCAACUUCCGUUGGAGGAACAUCGUAACGGUCACAUACUAGGUUAUAUUCUACGAUACAGAUUGUAUGGGUAUUUAGAAAAUCCAUGGACCAGUCAAAAUAUAACAAACGAGGCCCAGAGAAAUUAUCUCAUAACUGAUCUUAUCACUUGGAAAGAUUACAUUGUUCAGAUAGCGGCCUAUAACGAUAAAGGCGUUGGAGUCUUUACGGAAGGUUUAAAAAUCAAAACUAAGGAGGGUGUACCCGAAGCACCCCCUACAAAUUUACGAGUUAAGGCUGUGAAUUCUACAGCCAUAAGAGUAUGGUGGAAGCCACCAAAUCCACAAAAGAUAAAUGGUAUAAAUCAAGGAUACAAGCUACAAGCAUGGACAGGUGGUAAUUUCAGUGAAGAGAAUGAAUAUAAAUCAACGUCGGUGCCGCCAAGUCUUUUUGAUCCUCUGGCAGAGCAGAGUGCUGUGAUAGGUGGGCUAAAAAAAUAUACGCUCUACAAUAUCACUGUACUGUGCUUCACGGAUCCGGGCGACGGUGAGAAAAGCACACCUGUGGAAGUGCAGACUAGUGAGGAUGUUCCCAGUGAGGUCGAGAAUCUUCAGUUCGGCGACAUAAGCGAUAGAGAGCUUACUGUUAAGUGGAGUCCACCUAGUGAGAUAAAUGGGAUCCUGAGGUUUUAUCAAUUAAAGUAUAUGAUAAAGGAUACACCCGACUCCCUCAAGGUACAGAAUCUUACUGCUGACACCUUGUCGACCAAAGUCGAACAUCUUCAGGCUACAACGCACUAUAGGUUUGAGGUAGUAGCUUGGACGUCCAUGGGUCCAGGUAAGCCCAGGGUGGCUACCAUACAGUCGGGCGUAGAGCCUGUUUUGCCAGAACCCCCAACAAAACUAGCUUUGUCGAAUAUAGAGGCUUUCUCUGUGGUCCUUCAAUUUACUCCUGGGUUCGAUGGGAAUUCUUCGAUUAUUAAAUGGACCGUCCAAGCUCAAACUACGCGCAAUACCACUUGGUACACGGUGUACGAAGUCUCUGAUCCGGAUGCCAGUACUAUAACGAUAACAGGACUGACACCCUUCAUGCAAUAUAAAUUAAGACUGAUAGCUAACAACGUAGUAGGUGCAUCAGAACCUUCUGAACCCACGAAGGAGUUUCAAACUAUCCAAGCAUCCCCAUCUCAUCCUCCACGGAACGUAACAGUCAGGGCGAUGAGCGCGACUGAACUUCGCGUUAGGUGGAUCCCGUUACAGCAGGUCGAGUGGUAUGGAAAUCCAAGGGGUUACAAUAUAUCAUACAAAGAGUUACGAACUAACAAGUCAAAGAGUAUAAGUAUCGAGGAUCACACCGCCAACUCUUACGUUCUUGAAAAUAUGGAGGAAUUUGCACUUUAUGAAAUAGUUAUGCAGGCUUACAAUGACGUUGGCUUCUCUGCUUCGAGUCCUAAGGCCAUUGAAAGGACUCGAGAAUCUGUACCGUCUUUUGGACCGGUCAACGUCGAAGCCAACGCAACGUCAUCUACCACGAUAUUGGUAAAGUGGGGAGACGUACCGAUAGAACAUCAAAAUGGACAGAUUGAAGGUUUCAAGGUUUAUUAUGGUGCGAACAGUAGAUCACCAUUUCAAUAUAAAAAUAUUCCUAGUAACACUACGUUCACCACUACUCUCACGGAAUUACGGAAGUUCGUGCAGUAUCAUAUACAAGUACUGGCAUAUACGAGACUUGGUGAUGGAGCCUUGAGCACACCUCCUGUUAGAGUUCAGACCUUUGAGGAUGCUCCUGGACCACCCUCGAAUGUAUCAUUUCCUGAUGUGAGUUUCUCUACUGCACGCAUCAUCUGGGACACACCAGAGGAUCCAAAUGGUGAAAUCCUAGCAUACAAAGUAAUGUUUUACUUGAAUAGCAGUCAAGAUCUUCAGUUCGCUAAAGAGUUUCCAGCAUCCGACAGAACAUUUAGGGCCACUGGACUCGAGUCUGAGAAAUACUACAUGUUUUCUGUGACUGCGCAAACAAGAUUAGGAUGGGGAAAGACUGCUUAUGCACUCGUACUGACUACUAACAAUAGAGAACGUCCACAACCUCCUUCGGUCCCACAAGUCAGUAGAUCUCAGGUGCAAAGCAGACAGAUUACAUUCAGUUGGACACCUGGAAGAGAUGGCUUUGCUCCGUUAAGAUACUACACUGUCCAACAAUCUGAGAAUUCAGGACCUUUCCAAACUAUCCCAGAACGCGUGGAUCCUUCUGUAACGUCAUACACAGCAAACAACCUCAAACCUUUUACACUUUAUCAAUUUCGCAUUCAGGCUACAAAUGACAUAGGUCCAUCCGCAUGGAGUGCUGAGUCUAUUCAAGUUCAGACCCUACCUGCUGCCCCAUCGCGCGGGGUCACCGGACUGAAAGUUGUACCGAUAACGACGUCCAGUGUCGAAGUUCACUGGAACAUGAUAGACGAGACCUAUUGGAGUGGAGAUCACAAGACUGGAGGAUACCGAGUUGUCUAUCAACCAGUUUCUGACUUCCCAACGGCACUUCAAGCCACGCCCAAAGAAGAGAUAAUGGGAAUCACUGAAACUAAAAUGGUACUAAGUGACUUGACGGAGGACAGGAACUACGAGAUCGUGGUUCUGCCAUUCAAUUCCGAAGGCGAAGGUCCACCAUGUCCUCCAGUUACGGUUUACGUUGGAGAAGCUGUCCCUACGGGAGAGCCCCAGCACGUAAAAGCAGAGUCUAUUUCAUCGACUGAAGUUAAUUUACGCUGGAAGCCGCCACAACCCAAUAUGCAAAAUGGCGACCUACUAGGAUAUAAGAUUUUCUAUCUCGUCACGGACUCCCCACAAGAAUUAGAAAAGAAACAGGAAGAAGAAAUAGAAGUUGUACCUGCCUCCUAUCUGACCCACAGUCUGGUCUUCCUGGACAAGUACACACAGUAUCGAAUUCAAGUCCUGGCAUUCAAUCCUGCUGGCGACGGACCACGAUCACCCCCAAUAACUGUAAGAACGAAGCAGGACAUACCUGGGCCACCGUACAAUCUACAAUUUACGGAAAUAACAAUGACCAGCAUGCGCGUCUCCUGGGAGCCACCAAAAAUGCGAAACGGCGACAUAGUAGGAUACAUUGUAGCUUACGAGACUGCAGAGCAGAACGAUCGCUUCAGCAAGCAAGUCAAGCAGAAAGUCACGGAAACUAGUCUGCUUAUUCAACCACUGGAGGAGGAAGUCACGUACACUUUCACUGUUCGCGCACAGACAAUAGAUUUCGGACCACCAACUUCCGGUAACGUCACUACCGGACCCCAGGAAGGUUCGCCAGUGGCACCCACUGAUCUUGCUCUGACGAAAACUGUAUCCAGCGUGGAUUUACAAUGGACCAAUGGACCGUCAGGAAAAGGACCCAUUUUAGGAUACUAUAUAGAGACCAGGAGAAAAGCCAUGGAAGAUUGGCAGCAUUAUGACACCCGAUGGCAAACUAUUGUACGGAGCAGCAAUGGACCUCUAAACGAGUAUACUGUAUCUUAUCAAAAUUUAUUGCCAUCAACUUCAUACCUGUUCCGUGUGAUAUCGUACAAUCGAUAUGGAAUAAGUUACCCAGCUUAUUCGAACGAGGCGAUACUCACACCGUCAAAGUUGUACCUCGAAUAUGGAUACUUGCAACACAGACCAUUUUAUAGGCAAACGUGGUUCAUGGUUGCACUUGCUGCAGCAUCCGUCAUAAUUAUUAUAAUGGUCAUAGCCAUACUCUGCGUGAAGAGUAAAAGUUACAAAUAUAAACAGGAGGCACAGAAGACUCUGGAGGAAUCAAUGGCAAUGGAUAUAGACGACAGGCAGGAGUCUGAUUUAGAAUUGUAUAGAUCCCGUCAAACCGGUGGAGGUACUAUGAAUAUUGGGAGUGCUUGUGGUACAUUGGGAAAGAGAGGAACCCUGGCACGUAAAUCAAUGCAUCCACCACCUCCGACGAUGCUUGGGAAGUCUCCACCAAGACCAUCUCCAGCAUCCGUUGCAUAUCACAGCGACGAAGAGAGUCUGAAGGGUUACGAUGAGAAUCCUGAUGACAGUAGCGUGACCGAGAAGCCUUCUGAGAUUAGUUCGACCGAUUCACAGGGAUCGGAGAGUGAAAACGAGAGCGUCCAAUCGGAUCCUCAUUCCUUCGUCAAUCAUUACGCAAACGUGAAUGACUCCCUGAGACAAUCCUGGAAGCGUCAGAAGCCUGUAAGGAAUUAUUCAUCCUACACAGACUCCGAACCGGAAGGCAGCGCCGUUGUGAGUUUAAAUGGCGGACAGAUCAUCAUGAACAACAUGGCAAGGUCCAGAGCGCCUCUACCAGGCUUCUCGUCUUUCGUAUGAUUCCUCAUCCGACUCCAAAGAGUUAUCAGAUAGUGCGUGCCUAAGUGAACCGUGAGUACUGAUAAGGAUAACGCGAACUGAAAGAAAGGAAGUGACUAUGACAAGCGGAGGAACAUUCGAGCGUUCUCGCCAGAAUAGAAAGAUGUUACUUGGCUUUUCUUCCUUCGUUGGAAGCAAAAGCUAAAGCUCUGAUGAUCUUAAGGCUCACGUCAUAUUCGUAUUGUGAUAUAUUGUUACAUAUAUUUUAUUUAUAAUUAUAUUAGACAACCGUCGGAUUUAUAAGCAACGAGCUCAAGUCGCUACCGCAAAUAGUAUCUAGGUGCAAAAAUAUUAGAUAGUCUUUUUUAUAGGAACGAGAUGGUCAGCGCAUUACUUUUAAAUCGAUGAUGCGAGCUACGGUUGUUCCCAUUAGAAAUCACCAAAAAAUGAUGUUGAUGAUGAUUAUUAUUUUACUUGGCAGCCUCGUGUGUGCCAGCUUCCUAAACAUUUUCGAAAGUAUACAAGAUUCUUGUGGUUUUCUUCUAUUUUUUUUUUUCUUUUAUGUCCACACUUUUUGAUACUACGAUGCUUUAUUUAUUACGUCGUCACUCUAAUCCGACGAUCCGUCAUUUUACAUGACACACUCCGAAGGAGGUCUCGUGGCACUUCUUCCAUUUGUCACAAAGAAAUCAAUCAUGGUUUUACAGGGUUUAUCGACAAUUCUUAUACAGUAUUUCAUUUAGUUUAUUCAAAUUACUGGCACUCUUAUGUUUUCAAGGAACAUCCUUCUGUUCAUUGCAUAAUAAUUAUAGUCAUAAACGAAUCAUAAAAUGCUAACAAUAUGGUGCGAUUGUUUCUGGAAAACACGAAGACAUAGGUGUGAUAGAAAUUUUUUAACCGUAAAACCUUUUUUCUUUCUCCAAAAAUAUUUCUCUCAUUACAAUCACAGUGAAUUCUUCGUUAACUACACCGUGUCGCGGUUUCAAAUCACACUGCUUCCCAUUGCUAUUUGAUUCCACAGAAAACACCCUAUAUGCAUACAUACUUAUACGACCUAAUCAAUACGUCUUUCACUCUAAGGACUUUACUAUUAAGGGACAGUAUGUCUGUGUCUAAUCCUAGAGAACUUCUAAUCAUCCCACGUCAUAUCGAUUUUCCUAUUGGACUAUAGAAAAAGGAAUAAAGGAAAAAUCACCAAGAAUAAUCACGACUAAAUUAUAUGACGGACUUUUAAAAAAGUCUAUGUAAAGUUUCUUGAUUUAAAAAUAUUUUCGACGUUUGUGGAGGCCCCUGAAGAAAGUCGGCCUCUUAAUCGCUGGGUGAAAGUCAAACGAUCAAAAGGUUUAUAGGAUUAAUAUAGUAAAAGUUAGGUUCACGCGCCAGACCCUAUUAACGCGAAACGAAUCUGCUUCAGGAAUUUCUGAGGUAUCCCGUUAAGCUCUUGUAAAUAGUCAUUCGGCAUUUGAUUGUCGUCGCGUCCGAGAUUAUCUAUUUCAGGUAAAAUUAAGAGAUUCUCAAGUAGCGGCGCUAAUUCUAUUAUAAAUGGACAUUCGUGAACUAAAUCAUUCUAGUACUACUCUCCUGUGCAUGAGUUUAGUGAUAACGAGGGAAACGAAUCCCUGGCAGCUGUAUUGGACGAUCUUAUUUUGCAUUUCUUAUAGAGUUACUUUUAACGAUAAACGUUCUCUCUAGGACCAAUCAAUGGAUAAUAGAAAAAGGCUGAUUUAAUUACUUAUCAUAAUUAUACUGUGUAAUGUUUAAUGUCGAUCUUGUACGAGGACGUUGGAUACUUGGAGAACUGUGGAAACUAAGCGGCCUCGCCUACGAGUCUUAUUAUUUGCUUUCUAUUUUUUUUUUUCAUUUUUUAAACUUCCAUUGUUUUCGAGGGUCGAAUCGUGUUCCAGGUUCGCAUCACCAAGUGGCAGCGUAGCUUUUGACUGCUUAUAAUUUUAGCGAGGUUCAAUGAAAAUCACCGUCCGGUGUUGUAAUAAAGAGCUAUAAUUGAUAAGAAUAUAGUAUAUAUAUAUAUGAGAUUAUAUAUAUAUAUAUAUGUAUACACACACAAAAUACGGGAAACACGAAAGUGUCUCGAAAACACUGCCAACAAAUUUUUUUAGUUCAAAUUUUUCCAUUAUUUAUAUCACGACCUUUUACUUUUGUAAUUAAAUAUUAAUAUAAUCUUGCGAAAGGAGAAACUUUGAUCGACUUAUCAUGCAUUUGUACCGCGAAUUCUGUUUUAGACGUAUGUUACCCUUUUAAUAAAAAUUUAUGCAUUUAUAA